AUGUUUCUUCAUACGAAGAACUUAACGUCGGCCGACUUUCGUUACUUCAACCAAAGCCAGCUUCGUGGACGCUUCCCAUGGGGUACAUCAGUAAAGACGUUUUUCCAGAUCGACCUCAAUAAAAGCUAUAGGUAUAGGUAUAGGUACAAAAUCACGGCUAUAUCUACUAAGGGUGGAGCGAACGUGAGCACUGAAUGGAUGAAGCAAUACAGAAUUCGCUUUUUCGUUGGUGGAAAGCCAGUUCCUUAUACAGAGUCUGGUAUAGAAAAGGUUAGACAUAAUCAAAUACUAUUCUUGGCUUGCAACCGCGUGAUAAGGCGGCCAUGUUGGUGGUGUGUUGGUGGUGAAUAUUUUACACGAAAAUAAGGUUUAGUUCCCAGAGGAAAGAAAUGCUUUUGUUACGAACCCUACCACACCACCAACAUGGCUGCCGUGACGUCACGUGCAAACAAGCAAUAUUUAGGCAUUGAAAUUUGAACAAGUUGAAUUAUAACUAAAAUUUUAAGCUUGUUUCUAUGAAACAAGGCAGAUUUAAGCACCUGUGUGGGUGAAGUAUAUUAUUGUGUUAGAAGAACUAACCAUUAGUUGUACAAUAUGUUUAAUCUUUAUCUUUCUUUUGAUCUUUCCAGUAAAGAAAGUAAAGAAUUGCAAGUUCUUUCUCUGACUUUUUGUAAUGUGGUAUUUUGCGGGGGAAGGUGAUUGCUAAUUUGUUUCAUUUUCUUUUUUACUUAAAAAAGAGAAAGAAUUUCUAGUAUUUCCCCUUGUUUCUGCGAAAGUGACAACAUUCCAUGGUAAAGUUUCUCGGCAAACAAUGGUCUUGAAAUGUUUAUAAGGGCCUACAACCGUGGAGCUUCCGCCAUUACUCAAGAAUAGAAAUAUAUGGAUGUCAUCCCCCUCCUGGUAAUGUUAUUAUCAUAGUGUACUGAUAACAAAUGAUUUAAAGGGGCUCGAUAGGGUUUUUCAGGGGCAAUACCUCCCAAAUUUCAGCACAAACUACCAUUAAAAAUACACACUCUACUUGGGAUGCAUGCACAAUCAAACAGCGGGUUCUAUUAUCGAUAAUAAGACCCUUAUCCUUGAGGUCAAACUUUAUGGCUGUCUCUGCAGUAUGAUGUGGCGAGCUGUGCACAUGCAAUGGCUACCGGCCAAACUGCAGAGUUGGUAGUUUGCUAUUUACUGAGUUGCUGUCUUGGUUAAAUUUGGCCUCAAAAUAAAAACCUUUCUUUGCGACAGUAUUUUCACCUAAAUUGUAACCGCGGGUGGAGGUAUGACAUUUUCUCUACUCCACAACAACGACAAUAGGGACCUUAAGCAACCUAGACGACGAGCCGAGUGGACGCCGACCGGAAGUGUUCUCACGAAGCCGGCAACUUCUGCGCAUGUCAGUGAUGUCGUCCACAUGGCGUUCAGGACGUGACAUCUGUUGAUUUGCCGUCCUCAGGUGAACGUGAGCAUUCAAAGCAAUCUUACCUUGUUUAAUACCAAUGUUUGAAAAAAGGAAACCUUUUUUGUACUUUUUGUCGAAAGUUGGGCCGUAGAAGGAAAGAUUUGGAGAGAUUUUCGGUAAACCGUGAGCCGUGGUUUUCAAUGGCUUCGGCGAGAAAGAAUCCGUGAGUAAAAGUAAAAUGUUUAUGUUCUUCUUAAAUGCUUCUAAACUGUAAUCCGUUUCUAGAAGCACUAUUUAACUGGAAAAAGGAAAAGACGUUGAUACUCGGGACCCUUGCAUGAAAGAGGCCGGUUAAAAAACCCAAGGGAAAUCUCUCGAAACAUCGGCAAUCUCAUCCACAAGGUUUUUUUUUUGUUUAUAUGUUAUGAGAUGCAAAAUUUUCACUAUAUUUCGUAUAUACUGUUUCCGGUAAACUUGAUCAACGUGAAAAGAGUCGUAUAUCCGUAGUAGAUAAAUGAAUGGGACUGUACGGAAAUCUUGCCUCCGGCAAUUAACUUCUGUAAAAUAUAUAGGGCAACAAAACCAGCUCUGUUCUGUUUGAUUCGAUUCAAGCCUUUUCAUUUGAUAAACAGUUUACUGAUUUAAAUCCUUGAACGCUAAAAAGAAGUUACUCUCGUAUUUCUUUAAACGAAGCCAUUCAGUGCUGUCUGCCUACUUCGGCGACGAGCCGAGACGGGAGCUUGCUUAAACAUUUGUUUUUCCCGCUUUGGACAACGUUCUGGACCCAGACCUUACUCGUCUUCUCUCGUCUUCGUCCACAAUCUCGUCCUGACUGCUUAAGGUCCCUAAUUUAUUCGAUGUGAACAACCAGCCGUACUUCCGAGUUCCAAAAACCCUCACUUUCAAAAUGACGCCAAGUGCAAAACCUUUCUUAUAAAAAUGAGUUUUAUUGCUCGAGAAUGAAAGGUCAUUUUCAUAUGAAAGGCUGAGCCCUUUACCUUGUUUUAAUACAGAGGCUCAGACGAACUCAGAAAUGGCCUUAUUAUGUUACCCACAUUUAGCAGGGCUAUUCAUCUAGGUGGAUAAUAAUAAAAUAAUAAUACAAAGCACUGAGGGGAAAAAAAUCAAGUGAAAAAAUAAAAUAAAAACACAGAAAACAAAGCAAGGAAACUCAAGGGAAAUAAAUGGUAUACUAUAACAAACAGCAAUGCACUGCAAUUUAACUUUCAGUAUUUCCAUUCGACUUCCAAUCUGUUAAGAAGGAGAUUGACACUUGUAAAAACGUCGAUGCAAAAGUCGAAAAAAUGCCGCCCAUACAUUGUAUUCAUUCUAGCUUAAGGUGCUGUAAUUUCAUCAACUGUAACCUUUAAGGUAUGUCAUCGUAACGUGUUCUCAAAGUAGACUAAAAUUAUUUACUAGGUCAUUUGUUUUUAAAAUCUUAUCUGAGGAAACUGUAAGUCCCAUUAAUGUUUGGUAUAAAGAAGCGUGCCAUUCCAUUACUGCCAUGUUUUCGUCAUUUGGAAAGUAACUUGCGUCUGUUCUGUUUUUCUUUAGACUGUAUCCUGGUUGGUUCAAAGUUUUGGGGACUGUGGUCGCAAAGAGAUCGAUCAAAUAAUUACUACAGGGCUUUUAUCUCGCGGUUAACUGACACUCACAUUGAGUUCAUCUUGGAAUACAGCAGCCAUUACAAACGAGUAUACAAACGGACUGAUCCAGUGCUUAUAAUAGAUAAGGAGCCAGAAAAGAGGGAAAUAUCAGUCAAUACACCAGUUAUAGCUGUUCACAAACCUGCAAUGGCAGAGUGGUACCGAACUGGUAUCGUGAAGAACACAGCUACCUCAAAAAUGGGUGAAUUCUCGGUGUCAGUUAGGUUUGAUAAUGGUGAUUUAAGGCUGGUUCCUCUACAACAGCUUCGCUUAGUUAAACGUCCACGAUUUUGUUAA